AUGGACGGCGAAGAGCCCACGCAAGCAACCCAAAAUGUCCUCGAUCCCCGCCGUGUAGGCAAGCAGAACUCGGGUUUCUCAGACGAGGAUGUGUCGGACAUAAUAUGCGUACUGUACCCGCACUCGGACUCGGCCAAAGAAGAGGUCGCGCGCUUGGCUCAGGAGGACUCGCCGUACAUCAUCGGUAAGGACGAGGCGGACGGCGUCGAGCCAGACUACGAGCUCGAGGACCAUGCCAGUCGUUUCGAGUCAGCGCCCGCCAACCAUGGCAACUACGCCAUCAUACUCCGCCUGUCUGCGCAGGUCAAGAACCCCAUUGCUGGCUUUGCAUUCGGCCGGAACCCGGCCCGAUGCGACCUCGUCUUCGCCAACGAUCCCUUGAAACGUGUCAGCAAUGUUCACUUUCGCAUCUACGUCAACGAAUACGGCAACGUCAUGAUUGAGGACCAGUCCACCAACGGGACCUUUGUCGAUCGUCACCUUCUCACCUCUCGACCUAAGAAUGGAGGGCCGCCCGUGACGCGAUGGGUCUUGAGCUCGGGCACCAUCAUCAUGAUCUACCUGCACAACACGGUCUCCGACUUGACCUUUCGAGUGCGCAUCCCCCGACGCGACGACGAGUACGACCAGGCUUAUACCGACAAGGUGGCCGAGCACUUCACGCGGCAUGGUCUCCAAGAGGACGGAGGUGCUGCUGCUGUUCCUGUGCCCGCGCCCCGGCCUGCGCCACCGGCGGACGGACCUCCAGACAUCUUCAAGGGGCCUCCCAGGCCUGCCUCGAAUCCUCGCGCGCACCCGCGAGCGCAGGCUGCCGAUGCGGCGACAAGGUCUCCGUCCAAGCGGAGGGAGAUUCAGAACCCGAUGCGCAGGGAGUGGACGGGGUCUGGCACGUACAACAAGAUUGGGAAAAUUGGCAAGGGGGCUUUUGCCAUUGUCUACAAGGUCACGUCCAAGUACAACGGUAUUCCGUACGCCGCCAAAGAGCUAGAGAAGAGGCGUUUCAUCAAAGACGGCGUGUUGGACCAGAAGGUGGAGAAUGAGAUGAAUAUCAUGAAGAGAAUUCAGCAUCCGAAUAUUGUACGAUAUAUUGAGAACUUUGACUGGGACGAUCGACUCCUGAUCAUCAUCAUGGAGUAUGUGCCCGGUGGCGACCUGGGCAAGUACGUUGCCGACCAAAGCAACGGGCCCUUCUCCGAGGACAUGGCGCAGACAAUAGCGAAGCAGCUGCUCGGCGCCCUCGAGUACCUGCACAAGAACAACAUCACCCACCGCGAUGUCAAGCCGGACAAUAUCCUCCUCAACAGCAUCGACCCCCUAGACGUCAAGCUGACCGACUUUGGCCUCUCCAAGAUGGUGGAGGGCGAACAGACAGGCCUGCGGACGUUUUGUGGCACCCUGCUGUACUGCGCCCCCGAGGUCUACACCGAGUACGCAGAGUAUGAUGACAAUGGCUUCCGGAUCCGUGGCACUAAGGUUCGCCGGAUGCCCGGCCAGCGUUACAAUCACGCCGUGGACAUUUGGUCCUUGGGGGGCGUCUUGUUCUUCGUACUGACCAAGUCGCCACCGUAUCCGGUGCAGAACGGCGUCAGCUACUCGGAGCUAUUGCAUAAGAUCAUGACUACGAGGCUUAAUACUGUCCCCCUGCAGAGGGAAGGGGUGUCGGAGCGCGGCAUUGACUUCUUGUCUCGCAUGCUGCAGAGACGACCUGAGAAUCGCGCGACGGUGUUAGAGCUCGACACACACGCAUGGCUGGGCGGCGACGGCUCCAUUAUUGAUGCGUCCCAGUCGUACGACGAGAUCACAGACGAUGAAGAGUUUGCCACGUUUUCGCAGCAGCAGCAACAGCCGCCUCAGCAAGACUGGCGAGAAGAAGAUCGAGUCAGCGAUUCCGGGGGUGAUGAGUCCGAAAAGGAAAACACCGGGCCAGGUCAACCACGCCGCUUGUUUGGCGAGGUCGGUGUAUCUGCCGUUGGAAGCUCUGGUGUCAUACCAGAUGACUUUUUGAACCUGCCCGUGAGCCAGCGCGAUGACGAAGCGUUCAACUCAUACAAUGACAGUGGGUACGACCAUGGGGCCUCAGGGACACCUGCGGCAACCCGGACAUAUCAACGCGACGACCGCCAAGUCGCAGGCUCUGUCGGGCCAAACCAGUCGGCGGAUCAACUGCAGAGUCUGGUCGAGUUUGUCGCUUCACAGAGCCUAAACGGGCAUGAGACGGCCAAGCUGGAGACGAAUGUAUCUCAUUUCCAAUCCUUGGACUUCACAGGCAGCAAACGGAAACCCCCAUCCCAGGAAGCCAACGAUAGCAUGGACAGCGAGUAUGUAUCCAUGGACAAGCCGCUCAUGAAGCGACUCAAAUCCGAGGGCAAUAUCGAGGGCCUGCUGGAGGGUAGUUUCAGCGAGGCUGAACUGCUCGCUUGUGUGCCGCAGAUCAGCAGACUACAAUCAGGCCGUCAAAUCGACCGGGCUGUGACCAAGACAGAAUGGUGGACCAAAGACAGGUCGACGUGGCAUCUUGACUACCCCGAAAUGACACACCUUCAAUUUGCUGCUUUCAAGGAAGCGGCCAGACAGCGGGGCGAGGAGAUUUCACCCGGCAAGUCGCCUCUAUGGUGGCUUGCGAUGCAGCACUUCCCCUCGACAGCGACGACGAACGGACCGCUAUCGCCAUCACCACAGAGCUUAGCACAGACGCAUAUUGGUGCUUUGCAGCGUGAUGAGCGCAGGGCAAGUGGCAAUCCCCAGUACUUCCCGCCUACUGCCGUGCCCUCGGAGCCACAGUUGCCGGACACGCAACCGCCGGGCCAGCAGCUGGUCGUUCCCUUGCCAGACGAGCACAACCAGCGUGCCAUAGGGCUCAUCGAGUCACAGGCCAACUCGUGUGUGGGCGGCAUCUCGUUCCCCAUCAUGGCUCCUUUUGCCUCGUUUGGCCGACACGAGGACAACAUCCAAGUGUUCCAACCCCUGACCGAGUCGCGGGUCCCCAAAUUCGCAUUCAAGAUUGUCCUUUGGAAAGACGGAUACGAGGCACACAAACACCACACGACGAGGAACCCCUACCCAUGGGUACAGCAGCCGUCCACGGGCGACGAGGACGCCUACACCUUUUGGAUCUCCACAAAGGCAACACUCGGCAUCCACGUCAACGGACACUUGCUCUCAUCGGACGAUCCCAAGAACCCACGCGGACCAGCGAGGAACUGGAUGCAGCUCCAGGACGGCGACAGCCUAGGCAUAUGGGGUUCGCCCGAAGCCAAGGCCCAGACCAUACUGUCUUUCCGUUGUUUCUGGGGCGGAUCCUCUCACGCCCGUCAGGACGCGACUAAGCCCCCCGUCAUGGCCCCGCCCGAUAUCGCCGAGAAACUUGACGUGGCCUAUUCCAAAGUCGAGAAGCGUGUGCGCGAUGACCUGGAGAGUAAGCGACUCUGGACGAGCGCCAACGAGGAUCUCGCCAGGCGCGAGCAGAACAUUGAGCGUGAACGGGAGAGGAGUCGGGCCUUUGAGAUGAAACGGCAGGAGGCUAUUGCGUUCCUGCGGAGUAAGGCGACGCAGCAGCAGCAGCAGUUUGGUCGUUUGUCGAGAAAUGAGUCCCCGGCCAGCGCGCCGCCCGCGUCGAGUAACUUUGGGGGUUGGCCCCAGUGA